AUGGCCGGCGCUUUCACAGCUACAAGGAGGGAAUUCCCCAACGACGAGCAGGAGCAGGACCGUCUGGACAUGUUCCACCAUAUCUUCAAGCUCGCGCUCGGCGGCAAGUUGUUUCUCGCUCCGAUUCAGCGGGAGGGGCCGUUGCGCAUCUUGGAUAUUGGGACGGGGACGGGCAUUUGGGCGAUUGAAAUGGCGGAUGAAUUCCCUUCCGCGGAAUUGCUGACGUCUCAGGUUCUGGGCAACGAUCUCAGCCCGAUUCAGCCGCAGUGGGUCCCUCCAAACGUAGUGUUUGAAGUCGACGACGUCGAGGCCGAAUGGCCCGACCGAAAACCAUUCGAUUUCAUCCAUUCCCGGUACAUGUGCGGCUCCAUCCAAGACUGGCCAAGGCUGUUCCAGCAGGCUUACAAACAAACCAAAAUCGGAGGCUGGGUCGAGUUCCAGGACUUUCACCUGGUCAACUACUCUGAAGACGGCUCGUUGAAGGAAGGAAACAACGUCAACCGCAUGUACGAGUUGCUUCGUGAAGCCUGCGACCGGGUCAACCGGCCUAUCACGAUAGGGGUGCAUCUGAAGCGAUGGGCAGAAGAAGCGGGCUUCAAGAACGUCCAUCACAAAGUCAUCCCCCUUCCGCUGGGGACGUGGCCGAAGGAUCCGAAGAUGAAAGAAAUUGGCGCGCUCAACAUGCUCCAAUUCCUCGAGGGCCUGGAAGCCUUCAGCGUGUCGACAUUCACCAACGUCCUUGGCUGGAGCAUUGAAGAGGUGCAAGUCUUCCUGGCACUGGUCAGGAAAGACGCAAAGGAUCGGAGUGUCCAUAUGAUGCACAAUCUUUUAGCCAUGUUGUCUACGGCCAGAGGCUGGACUAGCCUAUCUACUCCGUACAUACGUAUAAAUCCAGAGUAUAUUUCGUGUCCGAAUGCUCUACUUAUCCCAUAUCAUCCAAGUGACCCCCAUUACCGAACGUGGUUAACCUACCUACCUACAUCAUCAAACCUCGAUAUGCCAUAG